AUAAAGGCUCGAUCGAAAGAGAGACUGUUCACAUUGAAAGGGGUUUUGCUAAAGGAAACUUCAGAUAUGAAGCUGUUACUUUAUGCAGCCGUGUUCUGUUUUUUGAUCUCCCUGGUUACGGCAGGAGAGGAAGAAGAUGGGGGUGAAGAGGAAGCCGCCCCUAAUGGGAAUGAGACUGAGACGGCUCCCCGUGGGCCAAAGGUGGACGGACAGAAAGGAGGAGAAGGAGAAGAAGAAGAGGAGGAACAAGCAGGUGGAUCUGCGACCCCGACAACAGGAAAGACUACAACAGCUCCGGCACCGACCGCGCCACCGACAAAGCCACCAAGCGGUGGCGGUAGCACGCCAGAGGAGCAAGGGACUGGGGUUGAAAGCAAAGGCCCGAAAAAAAGGUGGAAAACGAGGGCCCAGGAGAUGCCGUUUGUCCCCAACAAAGUCUAAUUGCAUUGGCAAAGGCAACUUCAAACUAUGGUAUUACAACGCAUCAUCACAGCUUUGUGAACGUCACAAAGUGGGAGGAUGUCCCAAACUAAUUGGAGGAUUCGUGUUUUGCCCCGAAUGCAUGAAUUGGUGUAACAAGCGUAUAAAUGCGAAGAAAGCCUGCUUGGGUGUUAAAUAAAGAAGGAUUUUUCGUGACAUCCAUCAAGAUGCCAUUAAGUGAACGGCAUGUGUGCGUCAUAAAAAAGUGUCCUAUUGUGCUCUCCCUAAAAUCAUAAUAAGAAAGUAACCUACAGUACCCAUGCCAAUGGAAAAUAGAUAAGAAAUGUGAAUUAAACUGAAUUCAAAGUGCACGUUUAAAUAAAGCUC